GCUUUGUAUCGACAAGGAUGCCACCGGGGGCAUCAAGCGUUUAUUGAACGCAGCUGCUUGUUUAAUUAAAGAUUAAGUACUUUUUAAGGUUGUUGACGUAAUGUCACUUUCUGCGUUUGUUUAUUGAUCAGUAUUUGUGAAAAAAAAACUGUACACAAUGCCUUGUUUAUUCACAAUCAUGUUCUUACAUAUAAAAAAAUCUGACAUGGUUUCUAAUGUUUUUUGCAUGAUUUAUGACAAUAUCAAUGAAAAUUAAUUUCAGGACAUUCCCGUAUUGUAAAUUUGGUGACAAGUGUGUGUACAUUCACCCGAACUGUAGAUUUGAUGCUAACUGUACGAGAAUGGACUGUCCAUAUACCCACUCUAGCAAGAGAACUGGCCUUAUGGCACCUACUGUUAUACAUAAAAUUGUACAAGUACCUAUGCAGCCUUAUAUUCCCCCUGUAGAGCAGUACCAGUCAAUGAAGCCCCAGUCUACACAGUGUAGAUUCUUUCCAAACUGUAGAAAUAUGGCAUGUCCAUUUACUCAUCCAAAGCCGUGUCGGUAUGGUAUAGGGUGUAUGAGCAAGAGCACAUGUACAUUCUACCAUCCACCUCUCCCUGGUGCAGACAAGCUCAAGUGGUCCUCGGCCAAAAAGAAAGAAUCAAGUGACAGUAUAGCAGCAUCUGGAACUUCAGAUGUCAAAAAGUAGAAGAUAAUUGUUGCCAUGGAUACAAGACGAUUAUUGCAGCCAUCAGUAUUUUGUGAAUGCACGGGAUAAGAGUAUAAGCAAGAUGUACUGCAGAUUUCCCUCUGAAUCUGUUUCCUAAGAACUAUUUGAAUGAAGUUUUAUUUGCAUUUUCUGUGCAGUAAGUCACAGAAAAAAAUGUUAAUUCUUAAGCUAGGAAAUAUUCACAGGAUGAUAGCCACUAUGGACAGAAUUAUUCAGACAGAAUUAUUCAGACAAUAUCACAUGAAUUUUUUUUCUAUGUUUUGGGUUCUUUUGAGUAAAUUUUCACACUUAUUGGGUCAGUUUAGCCAUUUAAUUUAGCAAUUAAAGGUUUUACUCUAAAAUAAUAGCGUAAAAGCUAAAUGGCAAAGUGUUUGUAAAAAAUUGUAUUGAAAGUAUUUAGGACUUUUGAGUUGAUUGCUUUUAGAUAAAUGUGUCUUGUUAAUAUGUAUUUGGGUUAAUAAGAAAUCUGCAGUAUUAUGCUUGCUCUUACUCUUUCCUUUCUUUUCCCCCCGGAAUCUUAUGGAGAUAACUCGACCCUUGGAUUUCUGCUUGCUGACACGUUCGGGAAAUGUGACCCUGGGGAUAACGCUCAAAGACGUAAGGAUUUAGGAGUGGAAUCAUUCAGCUGUUGACCUAGAGACUGUCACUGGUUACCCUAGAGAUUUGUGCAAAAUUGCAACUCCUGUUAAACGUAUUCCAGCCUUUACUGUGGAGAUAUUUGUUGAACGAUGAAAUAUGUGGAGUAUUUCAACCUUUAUGUGGAGAUAUUUGCUGAACUGUGACACCUUUGUAGAGAUAUUUGCUGAACUGUGACACCUUUUUGGAGUAGUUCAGCAUUUACAGUGGAGAUAUUUGCUGAACUGUGACACCUUUGUGGAGUAUUUCAGCCUUUACUGUGGAGAUAUUUGCUGAACUUUGACACCUUUGUGGACUAUAUCAACCUUUACUUUGGAGAUAUUUGCUGACCUGUGACACCUUUGUGGACUAUUUCAGCCUUUACUGUGGAGAUAUUUUCUGAACUUUGACGUUUUUGUGGAGUAUUUCAGCCUUUACUGUGGAGAUAUCUGUUGAACUGUGACACCUUUGUGGAGUAUUUCAGCCUUUACUGUGGAGAUAUUUGCUGAACUGUGACACCUUUGUGGACUAUUUCAGCCUUUACUGUGGAGAUAUUUGUCGAACUGUGACACCUUUGUGGAGUAUUUCAGCCUUUACUGUGGAGAUAUUUGCUGAACUGUGACACCUUUGUGGAGUAUUUCAGCCUUUACUGUGGAGAUAUUUGUCGAACUGUGACAUGUGUAUGGAUUUCUUCAACCUUUGCCCUCAAACAAUAAAACCAGUGUGUUGAAAAUCUUUAAAAGAUGGUGUUGAGAUUUAUGUGACACUGUGACUCUAGUUAAUGAACCCUGUCAACAGCUACUCAGAAGCAGGGAGAUAAAUGUGUAAUGUGGAUGCAUAUCUUGAGAUUUAGCCAAAAAUGUGAUAACAGUUGGAAGGUUCAUGUCAGCCUGGUAUUUUUCAAGCAAGAAACUUCAUAUAUAUAUACAAAUAUAAUGACAAUAUGACACAUUAUGUGAUAUACAUAGUUCAGCUACUCUAUAUGAACAUGUGACAUCAUGGCACCUAGAUUCUGAUACAGUUUGUCAGUAAAUUAGGACAAAUUUACAGCGACCAACACAUAUCUGUGUAAAGAUGAAUCUUUUAACACUACAGCCUGUGCUACUUAAAUUUUAAAUUGUACAUAGAAUUUUGGUUGGUGCAGAUUGUUAACAAUAUAGGUUAUAGUUGAUUUAAAAAUUGUUCUUUGUCAGAAGGACAUCUGCCCUUAGUUACCUGUACAACUGCAAAAACUAGUCCGCUUCCAUCAAGUUUUGAUCAUGUGCAUUCAUUCAUUCAUUAAGCAUUAUAACAGAAGAUAGUUGGUAGACAUGGUCUUUGUUGAUUGUAUAAGACAAGUUAUCAGUUUAAUGGAGUGUAUUAGAGCUAUAUGUGUGUUAAAGGCUAUUUUUUGUUUUAAGUUUUAAAAAAUACAUAUAUCCUUUUCACUGAAUGUCACAAGCUGAAAUAGCACAAUUGAAUAAGAAAAGAGAUAGUGGUGUAUGUUUACAUUUAUUGCAGUAUUCAUUGUUUAAGUACAGAAAAUCUGCGUUGAUUACAUUGCUGUUUGAAGUAAAGUUGUGUAUAACAUUCAAACUAUUACAAAUAAGAUUUCCUUCAGUGAAGUAAGUCAUGUGAAUCAUUUAUUACACAAGAGUGUAAAAUAAAACUCAGUCAGUUCCAUAUUUCUGUAGAAAAAAUUAAUUACCGUGUUGAUGAUUUUUAGUUUGUUACUUUCAAAUGCUCUUUCUGUUGAAAAAAAAAAAAUAUUACAGUCUUCAUUAUAGUGAUAACUGAAAAACUUUAGAGAACAAUUGAUAUAUUCCUCUUUACUUAUUCAUACAUUCAUUUCAUUCUCUUAACAUUCUUUCCCAUCUUCACUCAUUCAUUCAUUUCACUUCUUUGCUCAUUCAUUCUUUCUUUCUUCUGUACUCAGUACUAAUUCAAUCAUUCAUUCAUUCCUUUCUCUUCUUUAUUCAUUAUUCAUCGAUUCAUUCAGGUUUCAUGUACUUCCUAACCAUUAAAGGCAUUCAUUAUGUUAAAAAUUCUUCUUUUGUAUUCUGAUAAGUAUCCAUUGUAGAAGUUCCUGCAGUCUCCUGUCCAGUUGUAAAGCAAAGUUGAUAAGUCAGUGCUAAUAUUCUUUCUACUUUCCUUGAAAUUUGGGUGAAUAUUUUUGUUUGCUUGUGGAAAAGCAGUCUGAAGAUGAGUGGUCAUCUAGGUUUACAGAUGAAAACUACAGGCCAUCAAGCAUUUCCUCUAUUCCCUAAUUUUCCUCAAGAAAUUCUGUUUUUACUUGUAAAAGUAGCAGCCUCUGUGUCCAAGUGGUUAUGGUUGCUGGCUUGAAAUCAUUUAACUCAUGCAGAUAUUGGUGUGAAACCUCCCUCGAGAUGUAGAAUUCUUCAUAUGAGUUGGCUUAUGGAAGGUCCGUGGUUCUACCCGCCUAAAUUAGUGGGGCACCUAGGAUUUUCCCCAGACCUGAAUAGCUGGAAAAUUACCUAAAUUGUGUUGGUGUGACACUACUAACCCCUCCCCUCGCACCCCCCCCCCCACC